UUCUAUUCGGCUCUCAAAUCAACGUUAUAUAUAUCGCGCGGAACCAAGUUGAACUUGAAGGACGUUUAGGCAGAUAACUUAUUGGCACACCUUUUGUCAUUGACAUAUCUAUUCAUUUCCUUGCCUUUAAAUGUGAUUGCAUAUUGCACAAAUCGUAUAAUCGGCCUCCUAAAGAUGCGUCUCUGCUCUGUGUUCACUGUUCUUGUUCUGUUGGUCCCUGUCGCGCGCGUCCUGGCACAAUCUCCAGCUAACUUGGUCACUGUCAGCUUUAACUUUUUCAAUGUUCCAGCCACGUUCCAGGUGACUUUCGAGGACGACCUUGGAGACAGAUUCAACAGCGCUACAUUCACGCAACUGAACAAUCCCGGAGUGGCUUGCAACGUCGGUUUAGGCGGAGGAUGGGUUUUCAGCGCCCUUGAAUGGCAGUCAGUACCUAUCAACUUGUAUAAUACUGAACUUGGCUAUCAAGGCGAGUGUACUCUCUCUGCUAACUCGGCUUCUGAAGGCACUUGGUUCUGCAACACGGUGGGCAACACCUGAUAUUGAUGUUGCUAACCGCACCAGCUAAUAUAAGGGUACUAGCCUAUCAACUCGGAAUCCUUUGUCCAGAACGCAUGUGGAGUCCCGCCUGGUUUUACUUAGUGGUGUUAUCGAAGACAAGAUUUGUGAGAAGGAUUGGG